AGCCGAGGCGAGAAAGCCCAAGUGAGAGGAAACAGCCCCACGGGCGAAGUGGUGCUUCCUCGCCGCUGUCCCCGGCCACCUUUCGUCGCCGAAUCAGACACACCGAGGGGAACCGAGGAGCAGCAACAGCACCGCGCUUCCCACCCCCGUCCUGCCUUCCCGAACGCGGCAGAAGCGCAAAUCCGGCUGCCUUCCUCCCCCCCCCCGCGGCUUUCCCUCAGGUGCCGCUCCGCCGAGCGCGUGUCCCGUCCCCGCCGCGCCCGUCUUGACCGUCCAGGGAGUCCUCUUGCGAGGCGAGGGGCGGCGAAGAGCCCGGGCGCUUUCUCAGGAGGAGGCGGCGGGAUUCAAAACAGGAGGCGUCCGAAGGGAUCGGGGCGCAAUUUGCGCGCCUCCCUCUUUUCCCGCCCUUGGAACUGAGGGGUGGAUUAAAAUCAUGGCAGCGCCAGGGCGGCAGUCACUGUGUGGCCGGAGAGUUGCCUCGCUCUUUUCAGUCACCUUGUGGCUCCUUUCCUCGGCUCCACAGGUUGGUGGUGACCAGAGUCAGGGGGCUGUUUUCCUACGGGAAUUUACCUUAAUAAGGAGAGAGAGUCUUAAUGAAGAUUUCCUUUCAGAUUUGCUGGAUAAUAAUCACAAAACUGAAGAUACGAGUUCUCGAACUGCUCGAUCUGAAGAGGAUCGGGACAGUCUCUGGGAUGCCUGGGGCUCAUGGAGUGAAUGCUCUCGUACUUGUGGCGGAGGUGCUUCAUACUCCUUGAGGCGCUGCUUAAGUAGCAAGAGCUGCGAAGGACGGAAUAUUAGAUAUAGAACAUGCAGCAAUGUGGAUUGCCCUCCAGAAGCCGGUGAUUUUCGUACCCAGCAGUGUUCAGCACACAACGACGUCAAGUAUCAGGGACAGUUUUAUGAAUGGCUUCCUAUCCCUAAUGAUCCUGACAACCCAUGUUCAUUGAGGUGCCAGGCAAAGGAGACAAACCUUGUUGUGGAACUGGCACCUAAAGUCCUGGAUGGAACCCGUUGUUACACUGAAUCGCUAGACAUGUGCAUUAGUGGCUUGUGCCAGAUUGUUGGCUGUGAUCAUCAGCUGGGAAGCCCUGUGAAGGAAGAUAACUGUGGGGUCUGUGAUGGAGAUGGUUCCACCUGCCGGCUUGUUCGAGGCCAAUAUAAAUCUCAGCUCUUGGCAAAUAAAUUGGAUGACACUGUUGUUGUUAUUCCCUAUGGAAGUCGCCAUGUUCGCCUCGUGCUGAAAGGUCCUGAUCAUUUAUAUCUAGAAACCAAAACUCUGCAAGGUGUGAAAGGUGAAAACAGUCUCAGCAUCACCGGAUCCUUCAUUGUGGAUAAUUCUUCUGUGGAGUUUCAGAAAUUUGCAGACAAAGAGAUAUUGAGAAUAUCUGGCCCUCUCACUGCAGAUUUCACAGUAAAGAUUCAUUACGUUGGUCCUGCCGACAGUACAGUUCAGUUUAUUUUCUAUCAACCUAUUAUCCACCGUUGGAGAGAAACCGAUUUUUUUCCUUGUUCUGUAUCCUGUGGUGGAGGUUACCAACUUACAUCUGCUGAAUGCUAUGAUCUGAGAAGCAGUCGAGUGGUAGCUGAUCAAUAUUGCCACUAUUACCCUGAAAACAUCAAGCCAAAGCCAAAACUCCAAGAGUGCAACCUAGAUCCUUGUCCAGCAAGUGAUGGAUACAAGCAGAUCAUGCCCUAUGACCUCUACCAUCCUCUUCCUCGGUGGGAAAGCACCCCGUGGACUGCCUGCUCUUCUUCCUGCGGGGGAGGCAUUCAAAGUCGCACAAUCUCUUGCGUGGAGGAAGACAUCCAGGGAUUGGUCAGCUCUGUGGAGGAGUGGAAGUGCAUGUACACUCCCAAGAUGCCCAUUGUUCAGCCUUGCAAUAUUUUUGAUUGUCCUAAGUGGCUGGCUCAGGAAUGGUCUCCGUGCACAGUGACAUGUGGCCAGGGCUUGAGGUAUCGAGUAGUUCUAUGCAUUGACCAUCGAGGGAUGCAUACCGGUGGCUGCAGUCCUAAAACAAAACCGCACAUCAAAGAGGAAUGCAUUGUCCCUACUCCAUGCUACAAGCCAAAAGAAAAACUUCCUAUUGAAGCUAAAUUGCCGUGGUACAAGCAAGCUCAGGAGUUGGAAGAGGGAACGGUGGUUUCUGAAGAACCAACGUUUAUUCCUGAGGACUGGUCUGCCUGCAGUGUGACCUGUGGGGCGGGCGUCCAGGUGCGGUUGGUGAAGUGCCAGGUGCUGCUGUCCUUCUCUCAGUCUGUGGCAGAUUUGCCCGUUGAUGAAUGUGAAGGGCCCAAACCAGUGUCUGAACGAGCUUGUUACGGUGGUCCAUGCAGUGGAGAAACUGGUGAAGAGGCUGACCUGCUCUUUAGGGGCUCACAAGAUUUUGAUGAACUUUACGACUGGGAAUACGAAGGCUUCACUGAAUGUUCUGAGGCUUGCGGUGGAGGUGUCCAAGAGGCUGUAGUGACUUGCCUGAAUAAACAGACCAGAGAAUUUGCAGAUGAAAAUCUAUGUGUGAGCAGUCGGCGCCCCCCGCAGUUGCUGAGAUCUUGUAACCUGGAACCUUGUCCCCCAAGGUGGGAGAUGGGAAAAUGGAGCUCUUGCAGUCUCACUUGCGGUGUAGGAUUGCAAAUCCGCGAGGUCUUCUGCACUCAUCUCCUCUCAAGAGAGACUAAUGAGACAGUGACUUUGGAGGAUAAGCUGUGUCACAGACCCAAGCCUACUGGGGUACAAGCCUGCAACCGUUUUGACUGUCCUCCAUCUUGGUACCUUCAAGAAUGGCAACAGUGUUCACAGACAUGCGGAGGUGGCAUUGAGAGACGGGAAGUGCUCUGCAAACAGCGCAUGGCUGAUGGAAGCUUUCUGGAACUUCCAGAAACUUUUUGUUCCGCUUCACGGCCAACUUCUCAACAAGCCUGCAAAAAUAAGGACUGUCCCCCCGAAUGGCUUCUCUCAGAUUGGACACAGUGUUCUGUUAGCUGUGGAGAGGGAACCCAGACACGAAAUGCCAUUUGUAGGAAAAUGCUGAAUACUGGACUUUCUGCCAUUGAGAACUCAUCACUGUGCCCAUCUCUGCCACUCUCCUCCUUGGUCAGGCCAUGUGUGCUCAUGACUUGUGCAAGAGACCAGAGACCAGCUCAAAAGCAAUCCCCUUUGAUACUGGCUCAAAAGAAAGUUUUUAUCCAGACAAGAAAGCAAAAGAAGUUGCAUUUUGUUGUUGGUGGAUACGCCUACUUGUUGCCCAAGACUUCUGUCAUUCUUCGAUGUCCCGUGAGACGAUUCCGGAAACCAAUGAUCAUGUGGGAGAAAGAUGGCAAACGACUCAUCAGCUCUGUUCACGUUACCAUCGCGCCCUAUGGCUACAUGAAAAUCCAUCGAUUAAAGCCCUCAGAUACCGGUACAUAUACUUGCACAGCAGGACCAGCUCAGGAACAUUUUGUGAUUAAACUCAUAGGAGGCCACAGCAAAUGUACUGCCACCUUGUCAUCUAGGAUAAAAGAUGAAGAAUCCUCAAGGAAGGUCAGUCUGAAUGAAGCUUUGCAUGGCCAGGAGAAGCAUCAGAAUAAAAUUUUCUCCAAUGGAAGCAAAACUGAAAAACGAGGACUUGCCUCUGAUCCUAGCCACCGGUAUGAUGACAUUGUCUCAAGGCUUCUGGAAUACAGAGGCUGGCCUCGGGUUAGUAUAGAGCCAUGGGAAGCUCAGGACUCAACAGAGAGAAAUAUUUCUUCGGAGGAAGACCAGGGUCAGGAUUACAACCUGCCUUUCACCAUGGUCGCCAAUCAGGAUCGUUUAGAUGACAUCUUAAAAAAUUUGUCUCAACAGCCAGAGGAACUUAAGGAUGUCUAUAGCAAGCAGCUUAUCUCCCAGCUGGCCCAUGAAAUUUUCAAGAGCCAUUUGGAAAAUCAGGAGUCUUUUUUCAAAACCCAGGGAAGGCGAGUCAGUUCCGCUUCAGUGGAGUUUCCAUUCACUAAGCAUUUUUCUGAGUUUAACAGAUUGUUGAGAACGUCUUCCUCUGAAGCCCACUUGUCCACAUCUCUAGAACUCAUAAAUGGUUCACGUGGGCCUCACAAGAAACCUGCCAUCUUGAAGAAGAUCUCUGCAGCACAACAACUAUCUGCAUCCGAAGUUGUGACCCAUUUGGGACACACUGUGGUUCUAGCCAGUGGGACAUUAAGCGUACUUCUUCACUGUGAAUCUGUUGGAAAUCCAAGGCCUAUCAUUACUUGGGCGAAGAAUGGAGAAGCUGUGCAGUACAACAAGAGGAUUCUUCUUCAACCAGAUGACUCCUUGCAAAUCCUAGAACCGGUCGAAGCUGAUGUAGGCUUCUAUACUUGCAACGCAACUAAUGUGUUGGGAUCUGACUCUGUCUCCAUUGCCAUCACAUUAGCAGGGAAACCGCUGAUAAAGACAUCAAGAACCACCGUAACCAAUCAGAACUUGCCAACUAUUUCUGUUGAUAUCGGAAGCACAGUGAAAACAAUUCCAGGGAUAAAUGUGACCAUUAACUGCCAAAUUGCAGGUGUGCCCGAGGCAGAACUUACUUGGUUCAGGAAUAAAACCAAGCUGGCCACUGACCUUCACAUCCACGAUGGGUCCCUACUGAUUCGAAAUGUAUCUAUCUCAGACCAAGGGUCGUAUUCUUGCAGGGCUGCCAACAUCCGCGGGGAAGUAACAGAAAGCACACAGCUAUUAGUCCUCGAUCCACCACAACUCCCCCCUCAAUUUGAAGACAUGGCAACCACUCUGUCACUCGUGGGGCCAGGCAUUCCUUCGGUGAUCACGUCUCCUUCAGGAACAAGAAAAAUAUUAAGCCAAGGAAGCUCUGUGCUCAUAGGCUGCCCAGUAAAUGGUCAUCCCAUUCCUAACAUCACUUGGUUUUACGACGGUCAUCCCUUCCAUCUGCCCUAUCAGGUGUUAGCAUCUGGUCAGAUUCUCCAGAUCCUGAAUGUCAGCAAUGAUUAUCAGGGAGAAAUCAGCUGCAGGGCUCAGAAUGAGGCAGGCUUGCUUAUUCAAAAAACAUCUCUGGUCAUCCAAGAUUACCGAUGGUCAGUGGACAAGAUGUCACCUUGUUCAGCCUCUUGUGGCAAUAAGGGUCUACAAUAUCAUCAGCUGAAAUGCUUACUGGAUGGAACCCAGGUCAACAUAUCCCACUGUGUGGAAAAACCCAAACCAAAUCUGCAACCUGUGGCGUGCAAUAGAAGAGAUUGCCCUUCAAGAUGGAUGGUGACAUUAUGGUCUCAGUGUACCCAAAGCUGCGGUGGGGGUAUCCAGUCCCGGAGGGUGACUUGUCAAAAACUGACAGCUGCUGGCAUUUCCGUACCUGCGUCCAGUGAUAUUUGUGCUCAGUUUGCCAAGCGUCCAGUAGAUACUCAGAGUUGCAAUAGACAGCUAUGUGUAGAGUGGGCAACUUCGGCCUGGGGACAGUGCAAUGGGCCUUGUAUUGGAUCUCGUCUGGCACUCCAGCACAGGCAGGUGUUUUGCCAGACCAGGGAUGGGGUCUCUGUGCCUUCUGACCAGUGCAGUUCCCUCCCAAGGCCUUUAAGCACUCAGAACUGCUGGACAGAUGCCUGUGGUGUACACUGGAGGGUCAGUCUGUGGACUUUGUGCACUGCUACCUGUGGGAACUAUGGCUUCCAAUCUAGAAGAGUGGAAUGUGUACGUGUUCACACGAGCCAGCCUGUGCAAGAUCACCUAUGCGCUUGGAGACCAAGACCUGCUAACUGGCAGAGAUGUAACAUCACUCCAUGCGAAAAUAUUGAGUGCAGAGAUACCACCAGGUAUUGUGAGAAGGUGAAGCAGUUAAAGCUCUGCCAACUGGCACAGUUCAAGUCACGCUGCUGUGGGACGUGUGGAAAAGCAUGAAGGCAGCAGCAAAAGAAAGAAAGAAAGUGAAUUUAGCAACUGAUGGCCUGGCUCUACUCUGCUCCUGAGAAGAGCUACUUGAGAAAAGGAAAAUUGGAAAAGCAGUUGCCUCAUCUGCCACUUAUUUAUUUAUUUUUCCUUUCUCUCCCCCUUCUCUUUUUUUUUCUUGUUAAGAAAUCUCUUUUAACAGAGUCAUUUGUUCUUUCUUAAAAAAAAAAUGACCUUGACAAGGUUUCUCUCCUAAUGAUGGGAAACACAUGCAGCGAGUCACAGUUCAUGAUGAGGGUGAAGGCCAAGAGAGGAACAAAGAGAGAGAGAAAGCAUGUUGGAAAUGGAACCUUCCAGAAGACAUCACUGGGGGGCCCUUGACGGACUGAAGAAAGACGUGGAAGCAACUGGAGACCAGACACCCAACUGGAUUACUAGGACGUGAAUCGGAAUGGGGCUUGACAGACACAGAAAGCAGAGAUUAAAAUGGACGAUUGCCACCUUGAAAACAAACAUUGGCGCUGACUCUGGCACGCUCGUAGGGAAUCCUCUUCCCAAACAGGGAUGUAUUAUGUUGCACUCACCAUCACCACCCGGAAAGUGGGUAGUGUGCAGUGUUAUACUUGUGAGUUCUUGGAAUUUUGCCACAGGGGCUUACCAGCAAGAACAGCUGGUCUUUUGGGCUCAACAUUGGCAAUGGUGAUGGGGAUUUCCUAUGCCAACACAUCCAGAGGCCACUAAGUUGGGGAAAAUAUAAUUAGAAAUAAGGGGAAGAAAGAGGGUGGUAAAGUUCUCGCUGCCUCUCUCAAUACUUCCCAAGAGGUUGAUUGUUCGUACAUUUGAAGAAAUGAUGGCUUGUCUGUAUCCAUAAUGAGAUUAUCAUAGCUGUAUGUCUUUUUUUUAUGCUACAGUUUGGCAUUUUCUGCUUUUGUGAUCCUCAGGUGGUACAGUUUGACUCUCAGAAUGCUACAGUAGAUUAAAUUGCAUUUUUAAUAAUGUGUCUAAAAGGCAGGGGGAGCAAUGCCAUUCAGAUUAGGAAAAAAGGCACACCAAAGAUUAACUCUUACAGUUCAUUUUGAUUCCUUGUGAUCCAGGUUGGAGUUCUUUUUAAUUUAUUUCAUUUAAAAAAAACUCACAUAACUAAAUAUACUAUAUGCAGUUUCAUACUGAUUACUCUUGAUUAAUAUUGAAUCUGAUGAAAGUAGAGGGAAAUACUCAAGAGGUUUCCAUCGCAUUUUUCCUAGUAACUUUUUUUUUUAGUAGAAAUGAAGUUGGAAACUAAUUAAAAAAACAAAACUAAAGAAGAAAUUGGGAUGGAAGAUUAUGUAGUCCAUAUGAUUCAGAGUGAGUGUAAAAAAACCCACUAAUAUUUUGCAGUAAUGAAAGAGAAAUUAUGAGGCAAACAGUAAGAGGAAUAAGUAAACUCAUUUGUCCAAAAAUGUUUUUUUUUUUUUUGAAAGAGAUUGGCAACACCUGUUCAGCAUCACCCCUUCUCCACUAUGGAAGUACAACCCAAUCCAUACAAUUAUGUAUAGAUUAUCUACAUAGAAAUUCCUUGUGAUUAGAUGACGUUUAAAAUGGAUUGCUUGUGCAGAAUAAUCAUAUUAAUCCUCGCUACUAUGAUGCCCACUACAUGGAACAAUGCAGAUGUAAAUUAUAAACAUCCUCUAGAAUGAUGAAAUAUAUUAACUGAACUGUUUUCUCACUUGAUGGAGAUAACACAAAGAAAGACAAUCAAUAUAGGUGCAUCCCAUUUCGUGAUCCUCUCAAAAAAAAAAGGGUUUUUUUUUAAUUAAACAGGUUAAAGUUCACAAACGGUGCUGAACUGCUUGGAGCUAAAUCACGGCAGCUCUGAAAUACACUUCUUUGUAGCUCUGAUUGAUGGGCUGUUGCAGCCAUCUUAUAAUGCCCCUUCAUUUAGCCUCCUUCACCUGAGCUCCUGCCCAACUAGCAGUUCAAAAGCAUGCAAAUACAAGUCGAUAAAUAGGUACCACUUUGGCGGGAAGAUAACUGCACUCUGUGAUGUCAUGCCUUGAAAUGGAAAUGAAAACCACCACCUAUCAUCAUCAAUGAGUAGUGGAGUAAAAUCUGCAGGGACUUCUUGGGAAAAGGAAAAUACUGUAGAGCAGAGGUCCCCAACCUUGGCAACUUUAUGACUUGUGGACUUCAACUCCCAGAAUUCCUCAGCCAGCGUGCCUGGCUGAGGAAUUCUGGGAGUUGAAGUCCACAAGUCACAAAAGGGCCAUUUUGAAGACCCCUGCUUUAAGAGAUGGUUCCAAUCUCACACAGGUUCCAGAUCUUUGUUGUUCAUUAAAGUAGUUCCGUAUUCUUUUUUUCCAGAUACCCCCAUGAGCCUUAAAAAACCCCCACUGUGGCUACCUUUAGAAUUGCAGUGCAAAUCAAUUCCUUCAUGGGACGGAAUUUGCAAAAUGAUGGGCUGUUUUAAUGAAGAGUAAAGGGUUGUUUUGGAAGGCCUGUUGUGAAACAUGGGUUGCCCCAUGACACAACUCAAACAGGCUACAUACUAUAUUUCCUACCUGCUGUUGAAGGACAAGGAAAGGCAGUCUGUAUGGCAGCCAUCAAGUCUAUAAUGUCCUUCACACCUUUCAGAGUCCAGUCCAAAAGCUGAGCAAAUGAAUGAGCUGGUUCCCACAGACCCUGACACAAUAGUGAUAGAAGAAGCAUGUGAUUGGUUUGUCUUGCUUUGGGGGCUGACUUUGACACAACAUUUGGCAGGCGUGAUGAUUUUACCCAGUGCUGAUUUCUCCAAGGUACAGUGGGUGCACAUCUCUAGUAAUUAUCCAAAGCUGGGCUUUAGCAAGAUGAAGGAUUGAGCAUCUGUAAAUCAAAACUGGUAUUUUGUAUUUCCAGAGAAGGGUCUUCAAACAAAAAUCAUGAUUUGUGCUGCACAUUUUGUACCCCAAACAUCUUCAGGUUGAGUAAGUGGAGUCUUCAGUUCUGGGGGUUCAGUUGAGCACGAGCACUAUAAAAGGCCAUUGCUGCUCCUUGGGUGUGUUUUCAGAGGAACCUUGGCUGGUAUUCAAUCGUAAAAUGUGCGUUGAAGGUAGCAUUGACAGGUUGCAGCUUUUUAUUACCUGUAUAUUUUAAAACAAGUCUGGAAGUUCUCUGAUGAGGUCAAUGUCAGGUCCGCCAGAUUUAAAUUGCCUUCUGUUUUGGGCUUUCCAAAAUGUAUCUGGCAGAGAAUUUGCUCUCUUUUUCAGAUGGGUUUCUGAGUUAACUGCGUUGCUAUGAAUCAAUGCAACAUUUAUUUAAAGAAAAGAAGAAGAGAAUGUCUUUCUAUGUUAAUGUAAAUGUAUCAUUUGUGUAUAUUUAUUAGAAUUUCUUGUAUAAAAAGUGCAAUAUGAAUAAUUGUACAUUAUUUUGUCCAGAUGAAACUAUUGGGGGGGGGCGGAGGGGAAAAGGGAUUCUUCUGUAAUGCAUCUGCUACGUUUUUGUAAUAACAGUGACAAUGUAUUGUCUGCUCCCUAUUUUUGUGUUUAACCUUGACUACAUUCAUUUCAUACAGAGAAAACUGCAACAGGGUAUGGGGGGGGGACGGGAAGGCAUGGAGAGGAAGGUUAUACUCUGCAAACAGAAGAUCACUUUUCCUUAGCAGAAAUGUGGUUGCUGUUUUUUCUCAGUAGAAAAAUAAAUAGAUUUUCAUUAGAGCAUCAGACUUUAGCAGCUAAACUCUUUUGGAUGGUGGCCUUUUGGAAAUUCUCUGUGAAAGGAAUCCAUUCAUUUCAGCAUUCAAAUGGGUGCAGUGGGGUUUUUUCGGGGGGGCUUGAAUAUAAAUGUGAAUGAGGCUCCCGAAGAAGCUGGCUUCUCUGUUUAUUUCAGCACAAACUCAAGGUGUGCAUCUUUGUGUUGUCAGCACCAUUAAUGCUCUUGCAGCCCAGAGACCUGAACUGAAGCAAAGGCAGGCGAUUUAGUUCCGACUUCAGCCGAGCUCUAUCCAACUCUGGAUUGCCUCCCCCCCCCCAGGAGUUGGCUAGCUGCUCUGUCCCAUUUGCAAACCCCAGCCAGGAUCCUCUGAUGGACAUGUCUAUAACUCUGCGAAGGCUUGCAGCCUAUGAAUGUAAUUACGAAUGUUUCAUGAAUUGUGACUUGGCAGCAUCCAUGUAAAUUUCUUGUUAAGGUUGACAAAUACUACAGGAGGCAGCUCCCCUCCCCCCCCCUUUUUUAAAAAAAAAACUUGUUUAUAUAUUUUUUUUGUACAAAUAAUGCAUCUUAUUUAUUUACUUUCUUGUCGGACUGGUUCUUUUAUCAUUUCCUCUGGAGUCUUGGGAAUUACAAAUAUUCAGAAUUCAUUUUUGUCUUAUGUCUAAAGAAAAACACUAAAACUCUGAGGACCUGAAGAGAACAUUCCAGGAUCCAUAGCCAUUCCCAUCCUAAAGCCAGAAACAGUAAAAAAAAAAAAAAAAAAAAAAAAGUCUAAUACUGGAACUAUCUCCCAUCUCUCCACCAAUUUUUGCCAAUGUCCUUUUCUGAGUUUGGGAAUCUCCAAUUUAGGAAAGUCAUUAAAAGAAGUACAGGAAGAUCUUUUUUUCUAAAAGGGCCUUAAGCCUUUCCAUCUCCCCAUUAUUAUUGCUGUUUGUGACCUUACCAAGCUGAAGAAACUCAUUGCCAACCAAUUGCUGAAAAACAAAACAAACGUGAUCUAGAAGGGCUAUAAUCUAUGGUUACUACUAAUAAAAUAAAGUACUUUUAAGUUAAAAAAAAGAUUAAAGUUUAACAGACUUGCAGUUUCCAUUCAUGCUCCCAACACAAGAAGGUAGCUGUUUUAAAUGCCACAUGAUACAACCAAGAAAGUAUUCAGCGUCACAUAUUACAAUGUCUUUACACAUUAGAUCCCAAGAACCCACAAUUUCUACAACUAGUGUUGCUUCUCAUUUGAUUGAAACAAAACAUUUCAGGAUGCAGGAAAGUGCAGCUGAGUUUCAAUGAACAAAUCAGCAUGACACAAAGAUAGAAUGUACAAAAACCUUCUAAUCUUACUAGGGUACUCACAUCAUUAUUGUGUGGAAUCCGUCAAUAUUUGCUUUAGGGGCAGACAUAUCCUAUGAAUUGGCAAAAUUACAUUCAACACUUCCUGAACUUUUGAAAUAUCAAAGACUUUGAUUGUCAAGGAUAUUUAGGGAUUAAUAUAGCUAACUAUUUGUAGACCACAGGCAAAAUAUAAGCAUGUAAGUGUAAGCCUUUGGAAUCUCUGAUACCGUGAAUGAAUUCAGAUAACACAAAUACUUAGGCUUUAGGAAUUGUGCGC